CAAGGUGGCACGCAAAGCGCAUGCGCAUAACCCUUCUGGACGUUUCCUCACGUGGAGCGAUUCCCCUUCAUCAGGUUAACACAUCCACGCUCACUGAGAACAACCCCAAGUGGCACCAGUACGUCUUCGAUCUCCAGACGUCACAAAUUAAGUCAUGGCCUUCAGAAAAUUCCUCCCAUUGUUUGACCGUGUGCUGGUGGAGCGUUUCACGGCGGAAACGGUGACCAAGGGCGGCAUCAUGCUUCCUGAGAAGUCUCAAGGCAAAGUGUUGCAGGCCACAGUGUUGGCAGUUGGGCCCGGAGCUGUCAACCAGGAUUUCUACAACUGGCCGGAUGAGUCAUUUGAGGAGAUGGACAGCACUCUGGCUGUUCAACAGUACAUUCAGCAGAACAUCCGCUCCGAUUGCUCUAAUAUCGACAAAAUCCUGGAACCUCCCGAGGGUCAGGAUGAGGGUGUGUGGAAAUACGAGCACCUCAGGCAGUUCUGCUUGGAGCUCAACGGACUAGCAGUCAAACUGCAGAGUGAGUGCCAUCCAGACACAUGCACUCAGAUGACAGCCACCGAGCAGUGGAUCUUUUUAUGCGCCGCCCACAAAACCCCCAAAGAGUGCCCCGCCAUUGACUACACCAGGCACACGCUGGACGGAGCUGCCUGUCUUCUCAACAGCAACAAAUACUUCCCCAGCAGGGUGAGCAUCAAGGAGUCGUCGGUGGCCAAGCUGGGUUCGGUGUGUCGCCGCAUCUAUAGGAUAUUCUCGCACGCCUACUUCCACCACCGCCAGAUAUUUGACAAAUAUGAGAAUGAAACGUUUCUGUGUCACCGCUUCACGCGCUUCGUGAUGAAGUACAAUUUGAUGUCCAAGGACAACCUGAUCGUACCCAUCCUGGAGGAGGAGGUACAGAACACCUCAUCGGCCGGGGAAAGCGAGGCCUGAGGGAGACGCACGUGAAUGCACGCGCACACAUCCACCACACACUACUGUACAGCGUACUAAGACCUCCUGCCCGCCACCUUGUUGCUCCAUCUUCAAUGCGUCAAGCGUCAUUGGAAGCCUGCAGGGACAUUUUUUUCCUUUUUCAAAAAAGGCACCAUACUUCUCCUUUAGGGAAUAUUUUAUCUUUCAAUCACAGUGAGCUACCGUAUUUUUGGAUCUAUACAUUGCUAUAAGUGUACCACUCAAAAAAUGCACUGUGAAGGAGAAGAAAAAUACAAGACUCUUCAGAUCAAGAGUUGCAUUUUUUGGGGGGGAAAUUUAUUUCAUAAAAACCAAGAACAGUAGUGCUCAGACUCGUAACCAAAUUUCCCUUAAUAAUGGGUGUGUUCGGAAAAUUUGUUUGGAGCGCGCAUUGCUUCACUUCCGAGCAUUGGUAACUCGGUAACGUGCCGUUCACGAAUUUAAUCUGCUCAAAAAAGGGAGUGCCAGAGCCCAGUGCCUCAGGCAGCACAAGCACAGGAAACACGUUGCUGAUGGUUUAGAACAUUAAAAUCAAAAUAAAUAUCAAAUUUCUUCUUUCCUUUGGCAUGUACUUUUAAUGCAUUACCGGCAACUUCUUUGGCAUGAUUCCACCAAUGGGAAUGCUUGACUCAUAUCAUUUCUUCUACUGUCUUUGGCAGUUGGCAAAUGGUAGAGAGAAGCUGACAGUAAAGUACAGAACGUCAACAUUAUUAAGGAAAGUGAAUUUUGGGUGUCGGAAAGUCUAAUUCUAAGAUAUGUCACACCUGAAUAUUUGUCACAGGACCAGCCAAACUAUGAAUAGUCCAAAUAGUAUAGCACACACUGACUGCCCCCCGACCUACCCCGUGUAAAUAGCCAUUUAGAUCUUGUUUUUCAACGGUGCUUCACUGUUCUUUAUCUACAUCGGCUUCAUUUUUGGUCUUUGCUUUGUGUCGCCUGCCAUUUUGUGCAGAGGAAAGGGGGGUGGAGGGUCAAUCAGUAAUUUAGCUUGUCAACUUUUCAGAGGCUACAAAAAAAAUCCUUAAGUGUAGGCGUGACUUGUGCGUUAGCGGAAAAAAAAUGAACUAGCUGUGCAAGUGUGGUCCUGAUAUUCUUGAUGUUCAUAACGUGGCUGAGGUCAGUUUAAAAGGCAUAACGUCGGCCAUGUUUACAUCCCGCCAAGCGCCAUCUACCCUUUCGUCACCCUCAUUAAGUUAUUUUACUGAAUCUAAUCCCUUUUGUUGUUGUUGUUUUUUUUUAAGUAAACUAAAAAUACUUUAGUUAUUUUUGCUGAAUCUAAUCCAGUUUUUGUUUGUUUUUUAAAUGAAUUACAAAAAAACUUUGUUACUGUUUGUGACAAUUACAUGUCUAUUAAUAAAAGACUUAUUAUUCUGGAAAA